AUUGAGGAACGUUAAUAGGUGUGUUUUGUUUUGUGUUUAUUGCAAAGGCUUAGUUGUUUAACCAUGUCUGUCUGUGAUUGACUGGGUUGGUCUAUAUUUGAUGUCGGCUUGUUCAGUUCACAUACACAGAAAUAAAGCUGUCUUGCUUUUGUUCGGUCUCUGUUUUCUCGAGGACAAGCCAGUUUCUCUCUCUCUCUUGCUACUCUGAUCUCACCUGUUGUGCCACCUCAAUCCCCAGAAACAACAGUGCAUACCCAUUUCAUGCUUUUCCAUUUUGGUCACUUCUUCUCUAUGUUCUUUACUCCACUCUCAUCAAUAUGGUGAUUCUUUACGUCAUACUUGGAUAUAUCUUAUCUGGGCUUUCAUCAAUUUUGGCUUCUUGGACAUCUUCAGCUGAGAGAGUGUUGGUUUUGGCGUUUUGAUUUGUGCAGCAAGAAGGGUUCCAUUGCUGGGAUUUAGUCCUAUUUGUUUGAAAUUUGGCACUGACAUGGUGUUUGUGCUGAGUGGCUUGAAUCCUCGAAUGUUAAGUUGUUGAAUUUGGAGUGCAUGUGCUGUGUGGAAGUUGAGUUAGCAAUUGGUUGCAUUUGAGGGGAAGGGUCGGUUUUUUGUUGAUCAUAUUCCAUAUUAGUGGACAGUUUUGUGUUCGUUUUCUGGGGCAGUGCUGGAUGAAUUGAAGUUAGGAUUAUCUUGUUAUGAAAAACCUGUGGAACAAGGGCAAGUCUCUCUGUCAGUAAAGGCUAUGUGGUGAAUUUGUUAGGGGUCAUUGUUUUUCUAUAGGUCGUAAUGAAGGCUCCAUCCAAUGGUUACUUGCCUAAUUCUGGCGAAGGUGAAAGGAAGUCAAUCAAUUCAGAGUUAUGGCAUGCUUGUGCUGGACCUUUGGUUUCUUUGCCUCCUGUCGGAAGUCUUGUGGUUUACUUCCCCCAAGGACACAGUGAGCAAGUUGCAGCUUCCAUGCAAAAGGAGACUGACUUCAUUCCCAGUUACCCUAAUCUUCCUUCCCAGUUGAUUUGCAUGCUUCACAAUGUUGCUUUGCAUGCUGAUCCAGAAACCGAUGAGGUGUAUGCGCAGAUGACCCUUCAACCUGUAAACAAAUAUGAGAAAGAAGCAAUACUGGCAUCAGAUAUGGGCCUCAAACAAAGCCGUCAACCUACUGAGUUCUUUUGCAAAACUCUUACAGCUAGUGACACAAGCACUCAUGGUGGAUUUUCUGUGCCUCGUAGAGCAGCUGAGAAAAUAUUCCCACCUUUGGAUUAUUCAAUGCAACCUCCCGCACAGGAGCUUGUGGCCAAGGAUUUGCACGACAAUACAUGGGCAUUUAGACAUAUUUAUAGGGGACAACCAAAGAGGCAUUUAUUGACUACUGGUUGGAGUGUAUUUGUCAGCACAAAGAGACUGUUUGCCGGAGAUGCAGUUCUUUUUAUCAGAGAUGAAAAGCAGCAUCUUCUUUUAGGGAUAAGGCGUGCUAAUAGACAGCAACCAGCACUCUCUUCAUCAGUGAUAUCUAGUGACAGCAUGCAUAUUGGCAUUCUUGCUGCUGCAGCUCAUGCUGCUGCAAAUAACAGCCCAUUUACUAUAUUUUACAACCCAAGAGCUAGCCCCUCUGAAUUUGUUGUUCCAUUGGCCAAGUAUAACAAAGCCAUGUUCACUCAAGUCUCUCUUGGAAUGAGAUUUAGAAUGAUGUUUGAAACUGAGGAGUCUGGAGUACGUAGAUAUAUGGGUACAAUCACUGGGAUUAGUGACUUGGAUCCUGUCCGAUGGAAGAACUCACAGUGGCGCAAUAUUCAGGUUGGAUGGGAUGAAUCAACAGCAGGUGAACGCCCCGGUAGAGUUUCAAUUUGGGAAAUUGAACCAGUAGUGACUCCUUUCUACAUUUGCCCACCUCCAUUUUUUAGGCCAAAGUUCCCCAGGCAACCAGGAAUGCAAGAUGACGAGUCAGAUGUAGAAAAUGCUUUCAAGAGAGCUAUGCCUUGGCUUGGAGAUGACUUUGGCAUGAAGGAUGCCUCGAGUUCAAUUUUUCCCGGUUUGAGUUUAGUGCAGUGGAUGAGCAUGCAGCCGAAUAAUCAGCUUUCUGCUGCUCAAUCAGGAUGUUUCCAAUCCAUGCUUCCAUCUAAUACCCUUCAGGGUAACCUUACCACUGAUGACCCAUCCAAGUUAUUGAGCUUUCAAGCUCCUGUCCUCUCUGCCCCAAAUCUUCAAUUAAACAAACCAAAUCUACCAAGUCAAAUCAAACAAUUGCAACAUUCCCCAGUGUCAUGGCCUCAGCAGCAGCAACAGCAACAACAGCAGCAGCAGCAACAACAAAACCUACAGCAACAACAACAGCAGCUACAGUCAUUAUUGCAACUGCCAAUGAACCAGCUUCAGCAGCAGAGGCAACAGCAGAUGCCUGAACCACAAAACCUGCCAUUGCUGCAGCAACUGCCCCAGCAAGUAGGACAACAGCCCCAGAAACAGCAACAGUCAAGUCAACAUGCUACGAUCAUGAAUAAUGGGGUAGUUGCUUCUAAUCAGUUUGUACAACAACCAAUGGCAUAUGGCCAACUUCAACAACAACAAUUACUCUCAGGAGGUAUCCCACCACAGCAAGGUAUCCAGUCAGGUAGUAAGAACACAUUCCCAUUGACAUCCUUACCACAAGACACACAAUUUCAGCAACAGAUAGACCAGCAAGCUAGUCUCUUACAGAGGCAGCAGCAACAACAGCAGACACAAUUGCAACAAUCUCCACUGCAGUUGUUGCAACAAAACCUGCCACAGAGAGCGCCACAGCAGCCACCGGCCACUCAAAUGUUACAGCAAAACCCCUCAGAGCAACAACUCCACUUACAAUUGCUACAGAAAUUGCAGCAGCAGCAGCAGCAGCAAAAACAACAACAACAACAAAUUCUUUCCACAUCCACCCCACUUUUGCAGUCUCAGCUUCUACAACAAAACCAGCAAUUACUGCAGCCCUUGCCACCUAUAUCUCAGCAUCAGCCUCAGCAGCUUAGCAAUAACGCAUUUUCAACAGAGAAGCUUCUGAACAGCAACAACUUCUCUUCUUCAGGUCUUAUGCAAUCGCAACAGCUUCCUAUGAACCAACCCCAAAUUAUGCAGAAAUCACUUACCAUUACUAGAGCUCCCUCUACACUAACAGAUGGAGAUGCCCCAUCUUGUUCAACCUCUCCAUCUACUAAUAACUGCCAGGUGUCUCCUCCAAACCUCCUGAAAAGAAAUCAGCAACUACCAGCGGCAUUAGGAGGGAGUUUGAUGGUUGAGCCCACUGGUAAUCUGAUACAGGAGCUUCAAAGUAAACCUGACAUGCAGAUCAAACAUGAGUUGCUCAAUGUAAAAGGACCUGACCAGUUGAAGUAUAAAGGGUCAAUUACUGGUCAGUUGGAAGCUUCUUCUUCUGGAACAUCUUACUGUCUUGAUCCUGGUAAUGUCCAGCAGAACUUGCCACUUUCCAACUUCUGCAUGGAAGGGGAUGUCCAAUCACACCCAAGAAACAGUUUACCAUUUGACUCUAAUCUGGAUGGUCUAACACCUGAUACUAUGCUUCUAAGGGGGUAUGACUCUCAAAAAGAUCUUCAAAAUUUGUUGUCUAACUAUGGUGGUGCUCCAAGAGACAUUGAAACUGAGCUGUCAACAGCUGACCUCAGCUCACAGUCAUUUGGAGUGCCAAACAUGCCUUUCAAGCCUGGUUGCUCAAGUGAUGUUGGCAUCAAUGAUACUGCAGUUCUGAAUAAUAAUAAUAAUAAUGGCUUGCGGACUAACCAAACUCCACGCAUGCGAACGUAUACGAAGGUUCAAAAGCGUGGCUCUGUUGGAAGAUGUAUUGAUGUUACCCGUUACAAGGGAUAUGAUGAACUCCGGCAUGAUUUGGCUAGAAUGUUUGGUAUUGAAGGGCAGCUAGAAGAUCCUCAACGGACUGACUGGAAAUUAGUAUAUGUGGAUCAUGAAAAUGACAUUCUUCUUGUUGGUGAUGACCCUUGGGAUGAAUUUGUAAUCUGUGUCCAGAGCAUAAAGAUAUUAUCAUCUGCAGAAGUGCAGCAAAUGAGCUUGGAUGGCGACUUAGGUGGUAAUGUUCCAAUCCCCAAUCAAGCUUGCAGUGGGACAGACAGUGGCAAUGCAUGGAGGGGACAGUAUGAAGAUACCUCAGCUGCCUCCUUUAAUAGGUAAAAGAUGUCAAAUGCUGGCACUGAGAGGUGAACUUGUACAUUUUCGGUGGUGGAGAACCAACUUAGCCUUAUAAAAAUUCUGGUUGGUGCUUCUCAAAUGAAAAGGAGACACUCAGUACAAAUGAUGCAGUUGAUUGGGUUAUUGUAGAGGUGGUGGACUGGACACAUAACUGCAUCCUAGUUCUCUUUCACCGCACCGCUUUUGAUUGUGAGAAAGUUUAGAUCCUUAAAUGUAGCAAGAGCAGAUUCCCUUACUACCAAUGCCACUGAUCCUAUACCUUUGGAAUCAGCUUUUCUUGUGGAUGUUGGAUUAGGAUUUUUUGCUAGGUACAGCAGAAUAGGGCAGCUAGUGUAUAAUAUGAUCAGUUCUUAUAUAACCAUUAAUUUUUACUUAUCUGUUGUAAAUCUUGUUUUGUUAUGGUUAAAGUUGUACACGGAAGUUUAGUGUAUUGCUCAGACAAUUAAGAAUGCAUGCCAAUUCUAGCUCUUGUAUAAAGUGCCUACGCUGUUUCCACGGUGGUCAUUAUGGAUGAAGAAAAACCCGGUUUCUUUUUAA